AUGACUCGUCAUCUUGUCCGUUCGUUCGUUCUAGCUUCGGCCCUCUGCUCCUUCGCCAAUGCAGGACCAUGCCGCCCCUCGACUAGCUUAGCAAUUGAGGCUACAACCACUAUUAGUACCGUCCUCUCUCCCUUACCUACCACCGAGACAUCUCAAGCAGAGCCCACUACUAUCACCGAUACCACGGUUGCGGUUGGUGACAACAGCGAUACAUCCACUGUCACUGAAAGCGAGACCCAGACCGCUUCAGUCACUGCUGAGACUGGAUACACCACGACUGAACCCAACACUUCAACUACAACCCAGGAGACAUUUGUUGAAACAACUUCUGAGGCUUCUACUGUGACAGUUGAGGAUUCUACGACCACGACUGAGGCUUCCACAACAGCUGCUGUACCCGUUCCAAGCUGUGUUAACAACCUCAAGGUUACUGCACCAGAAAAUGCCUCUUGUGGUGUGAAGGGCUAUGCCACAGGGGACAGUGGUAGCUUGAUCUAUGUGGCUGACGCUCCUGUUGGUACCCGACUCGAUUGCUACAAGUCAUGCGUGGCAGCACCUAACUGUCAAUCUUUUGUCUUUCAAGAACAGGUAUUCUGUGCAAUGUACGAAGGGUCAAUUGGAAGCACUAAUGGGGACAACACCAGUUUUGACUGGCUUUACCAUGGAAAUAAGCCAACUCUUGGAAUCCACUGGAUCACAAAGUUGAUAGCUAGGAUAAUCAUGGAUGAAGAAUUGCAGCAACAGAUCUUAUACUUGAGGGAAGUCGCGGCAACUCUCCCUGAUGAUCACAUUCAGCGUCCUGCUUGCCUUGCCCAACUCAGUCUCCUCAACGGAACUAAUUUUGAUCAAACGAAUGACAUUGAAAGCCUGGAUGAGUCAAUCAAAGUCGGACUCGAAUGCCUUGAAGCCACAUCUCAGGAUGACCCUUGGCGAGGAGGACGACUAUGCAACGUGGGUUCCCGUUUUGAUGACCGAUAUUCGACCACGGGGAACCCAUCUGACCUUGAACAAGCUUGCCGUUUGACGAAAGAGGCAGUGCAGAUCAUCCCAUCGGAUCAUCCCAGCCGAACUCCCUGCUUGAUCGUGCGCGGUGUUGUUUUAAAGAAGCUGUCUAUCAAAUCGGCAAGCACUGAACAUAUUCAAGAGGCGAUAAACGCGAUCCUAGAAAUCGUGCGAAACGAAGGUGCCCAUCAAUAUCAUUUUCAAGCUUUGAGGAAUUUGGAAGACUUCUUCAACGAAAAGUACACGAAAAGUAAAACAAUCGCCGAUCUUGAGGCAGCGAUCGAAUACAAUCGACUGGCUUUAAAAUCAGCAGAGGAGGACCCUGAUAAACAAGUCGAAAUUCUUUGUGACAGGGCCCUCCGACAGCGGGACCUAUAUCUCGCGACAAAGGAAGUGAAGACGCUUGAUGGUGCAAUGGAAACAGCGCGACUCGCCCUGGGGAUAGCGUCAGCCAAUGGAAUUGGUCGGGAAAUCUGCCUGACGAAUCUGGGCUCUCUUCACUUCAACAAGUUUGAGUCCUUGGGAUCACCUAUCGACUUGGAUGAGUCAAUUAAAUUCGUGGAGGAAGCUAUCACUCUCAUCCCCGAUGGCGACUCAUUGAAAUCAGCCGACCUGAGGAAUCUCACGGACAGACUCGGUCACAGAUAUGUGUUGACUAGCGACCUUUCAGACAUCCAACGUGCUAUCGUUGCUGCCAGGCAGGCUCUAGAGCUCAUGACACAAGACCAUUGUGAAUGGGUGUCGUUUUCAUGCAAUCUGGCUCUCCGCUCAGCACAACUUUACCAUAAGACGAGAACACUUGCAGAUUUGGAAAGUGCUAUAAAAGAGAAUCACCAGUCUUUAGAGCUGAGUGGUAGAGAUGGUGAUCUACACGCUCAAAUCCUGACCAAUCUCUGCUAUCUUUUGGGCGACAGAUAUAUCAGGGAAGGGACAAUGUCCGAUCUGCACGAAGCUAUAACGCACGGGGAAGUUGCCACCAAACCACCGACCUCACCAAAACAUCACGCUGCGCGUUUGAUGAACCUAGCUUCAGCGCUCCGCGAGCGAUAUGUCAUCUUCGGUGACAUUGUGGAUUUAACCUCAGCCAUCGAGUUUAGCCGCGAAGCCAUCGGAGGCCCAUGCAAGAGCGAGUCAGAACGUAUUAAGUAUUCGAGUACCCUUGGGACAUGGCUAAGCGAGAGAUGGAUGCAAUUAGGCAAUGAGACAGAUCUUGUUGAAGGCCUGAGGUUUGCCCGUGAGGCAUACGAAUCCUUCGGAGCUGGUCAAGUAGACCGAGAUGACCGAGCACAAUGUGCCAGCAAUCUUGGAAAGCUUCUACAAUCGAUAUACGAGCGUACAGGUCGAAUGAAUCAACUAGAUGAAUCUUUGCUUUUACACUCCGAAGCGUUUGAGCUAAGCCAGGAAGAUGAUCACCACCGGGCAUUGCGGACGGUUAAUCUGUCAUCCGCUCUCGGAGGCAAGUAUUCCUCUUCAGGGGAGGUAGCAUACCUUGACCGUGCUAUUCAACUACUCGAAGAUGCACUUAAGGAGGACACUUCUUCGCCUGAACAUUUUGACCUUUUACACAAUUACAGUGUCUUGCUUGGCUACCGUUACACAAAGACGCUGCAAAUCUCAGAUCUUGAUAAGGCUUGCGAGCAGCUGACAGACGCACUUCAGAUCAUCCCGAAUGACCACCCAACUAGAUGGUCGCUCCUUAACGCCUUCGCCACUCGACUGAAUGAUCGGUUUUCUGUAAAGGGAGACAUUGAGGAUCUGCAGAAAGCUAUCAGUUUAUCACAAGAGGCGUCCCUGUCCUCAUUCGACCCUAUCAAAACUCGAUCACUCAGUACCCUUGGCACCCUUCUUGGUGAUAGGUUCCUGGCGCUUGGACAGAUAAGUGAUAUCGAUAACAGCAUCAAAACCUUAGAAGAGGCUGAGACCAGAAUGCCUAAGACCCACUUCGAACGGCCAGGAGUUCUUGGCAAUUUGGGCGUCCGUUUUGGUGACCGUUAUACAAGGACAGGGUCAGUGGAGGAUCUCGAUGCAUCUGUCGAUUAUACCAGGUUGGCAUCAGAAACGACGCCGAGACAAGACGUCAACUGGGCCCCCAGACUGAGUAAUCUUGCAGCGAGACUCGGGGAGAGAUACACCAUGAUAGGGAGAGCAGUAGAUUUGGACGAGGCCAUUCGUAUCGGACAUGAGCUGAUAGCUCUUCCCAACCUCUACCACACGAACCAUUCUGUCUACCUCAACAAUCUCGCGUUACGCCUUAACGAUCGGUACACAAGGACUGGGCUUUUGAAAGAUCUUGAAACCGCAGUAUCCUAUGCGCAAAAGUCUGUCGACGCGCUCCCUACAGGCCAUACCGAUAUCUUCGCCCGCCUAAGGACGCUUACAUCUCUUCUUCAUGAAAAUUACCGCAAAACGGAAAGCGACACCCAUUUCAGCCACGCCAUGGGUAUAGCGAACGUCGCGGUUGAAGCUUCAGCUGGUGGUACUUCACACCCGGCGUGCCUAAACAACAAAGCAAUUUUGCUAUUCAAUAGGUUCUACGUGAAGAAGAGGCAGGAAGACUUGAUCGAGGCUACCACCCUAUUUCGAAAGGCAGUCGAAUUGAGUCCGGAGAAACACUCCCAACGCGCAGACCGACAGAGAUACCUGGGAGACGCUUUGCAUCAUAUGUACACUUAUGAUAAAGAUUCUCAGAUCUUAGACGAGGCUAUAUCCUGUCACAGAGCAGCGAUGAGUCAGGCGAAUGCUCCUCUUGGCGUUCGGCUAAGAGCUAGUAGGCAUCUUCUCCAGAGCCUCGCUUUGAAGAGCGAUUGGGGGACAGCCUUCGAAGCUGCAAAGGGAGCACUGGACCUCGUACCUCGACUGGUCCUACGAUCACUAGACAAUCUAGACAAGCAGUACCUUCUAACGCAAGUUGCGGGACUAGCAUGUGAAGCAACCUCUAUCGCCAUCAAAGCCGACAAAGAGCCUACCACUGCUAUCAAACUUCUUGAGCAGGGGAGAGGUAUCCUCGCUACCUCGAUCAGCGACAUGAGGGUCGACAUUGAGGAUCUGAGAGAAAGCUACCCCGAUCUAGCUACGACAUUCACGCAAAACAAAGAAGACCUGGAACGGCUGGGACGCACUACGCAAGCGUCGGACUCAGCUGAGGUUGCCCGGCAGUACAGACUAGAAGAACAGUUCAACAAUGUUGUUGCCGAUAUUAGAGCAAAACCUGGGUUCCAGGACUUUCUGCUCGCCCCUAGUGAACAGAGAAUACGCGGAUGCGUGAAGAAUGGUUCAGUCGUCAUCAUCAACGUCAGCGUGUUUCAAUGCGACGCGAUCAUCCUCAAAGGCCAGAAGGAGGAAUACGUGCCAUUGCCCGAAGUGGAUCAGGACGAAAUUGAACGAAGAGUCCAAAACGGCCGCAUAUACACAUCUGAAACUCUGGAGUGGCUGUGGGAUGUUAUCGCUAAGCCAAUAUUUGACAAAUUGGACGUCUCUCAUGAGACAGGCUCCGGUAAUUGGUCACGAAUCUGGUGGAUACCCACAGGGUCCCUUUCCAGAUUCCCUCUUCACGCAGCUGGCUAUCAUUUGAGGGAUACCAGAGACACUGUGCUAGAUCGAGUUAUCUCUUCUUACAGUUCAUCAAUCAGAGCAAUGCUCCUGACCGACGACAAACCACUGCAUGAGUCAAGUCGACGGAAGGCACUAUUGAUUAGCGCCGAAGAUGGAGACGCAGGCUCCUAUCUACCCUCAGCACAACGAGAAAUUGGCCUUAUUAAGGGCAUCUGUGAUAGGAUGGGUCUGGAAGUGGUCGUCGACGACGGGAGAUCAAAAGUCGACGUGAAGUCACACUUGACGGAGUGUAAGGUAUUCCACUUUGCGGGUCAUGGCCACACUGACGCUAAUAACCCUUCAAUGAGCUAUCUCAAAUUGGGUGGCGGAGAAGAUGGACAUUUGACAGUGAGUGAAUUGAUGGAUCUCAAUCUUAGCAGGGACCCUCCUUUCCUGGCAUAUCUUUCAGCAUGCGAAACCGGAAGAUUUAAGGAUGUGAGAUAUGCAGAUGAGAGCCUUCAUCUUAUCGGCGCUUGCCAGACCUCAGGGUUCCGGCACGUCAUCGGUACCUUGUGGGAGGUCCGGGAUGACUUGUGUGUGGAAGUUGCAGCUGCCGUGUACAAGGGUAUCUCGGACCACGGUACAACGGAUCGUGCGGUUUGUCAGGGGUUGCAUAACGCUGUAAGAGCUCUGCGCAAGGAUUGGGUCAAGAAUCAUGGAAAUAGGUUAUACCGAGCAUCGCAACAGAUUAUCCGAAGGGAUGUGGCGGACAAGUCCAGAUUGGAGCUGCGCAAUAUUGUUCUGGUGGAUGACGAUGAAGACGAGAAGCUGGAAUGGAUCCCCUUCGUCCACUUUGGAAACUAA